AUGGCGACUUCCCAUCGUCGAAGCAAGAGACCAGAUGACCACCAAUACGUGUGGAGCGAGAUCACCGUCCGCUCUUGCCAGCGCGAAGAUGCAAUCUUCACCAAGUGGGAUCGAGUCAGAGAUGAGAUUGUGAAAAGGAUCGACCUCAAGUAUGUAUCCACGAACGGAUGUUACCGUGUGGGUAGAAGAGGCAACACACAGAAAGGACGCCCAACGAUCUUCAUUUUUGGCAAUCAUGCCAAAUACUCCAAGUCAUCCCAGCCAGCCCGCAGCAUCAUCGCCGACAUUCUCAAGAAGCACAAAGUGGCGGAGGUCGAGGUUAAAUUUUUAGAAGGCCACUUCCACAGGCAUGCAUCCGACCCUGAUUCAGAAGAAGAUGAGCCUAAACCCAAGCGUGACACUGUGGAAUGCGGAGGUGUGUUUCACCCGGACGUCGUUCGGCUUCCGUCAAUGCCAGGGCAAAGCCUGGCUCUUAAGGAGAAUGCAAGCGCUUCUGGCACAUUCGGUGGCUUCUUUGAGGUUACACUUCCUGGUACUCCGGAGCCAAAGAUCAUGGGGAUUACUUGUUUUCAUGUGAUCAACCCGACGGAGGAGGGGAAGAGUGAUCAGGCUAAGCUCGUAAUAAGAAAAUGGCGCGAGGAAGGAAUUAAGCCCAACGACCCAAUGGCAAAGCAUCUAAAGGUUGACCACCCAAGCCGUCGUGUGGUUCAAGAAAAGAUUCGAGCAUUGGAGAAAGAGGUUGCCGAUAUUCAAAAUCCAACUUACAUGCUUUGGGAUGGGCUUGUUACAAACGACCAAGAUCUUGGAAAAGGUGCCAAGAUGAUGUAUGAGACAGCCAAACAACAACUGUUGGACUGCAGAUCUUCCAUCCAAGAGAUUAAGGUUUUCAACCCAGGGUUCGGAAAGGUCUGGGCCGCCUCAGGCUUUAGGACAGGCCAGGCCCCCAGCAUUGACAAUGGUAAGAAUUGUCUUCCUACCAACUAUGAUUGGGCAUUGAUCGAGAUUCCUCGUGAAAGGGUGGGGCGUAAUAUCACCCCCGAUGGCCAUGUUUUGAACCGAUCACCAUUACCUAAAAGUUUUCAGAACUUGAAGCUGUGUAUUACAGGGCAAAGAUCUGGAUACUCUGAAGGGUACUACAACUCCUUGAAAGAGGCAGAGGUAGAACACUCCUUAAUCGACGGCACGGUUGUUGCUGUUACAACAACUGAGCAUUCAGUUAUUGCUCGGGAGAGCGAUACCUUUUUCGGAAGGAGCGGGGACUCGGGGUCAUUGGUCUAUACCAACGACAGCCACGUCGUGGUUGGCUUGUUUUUUGCAGGUCGCCCACGUCCACCGUGCAGUGCUUCGUUUACACACAUUGACGAUUUGAUCCAUAACAUCAAAAAUACAACCGGGGCAACCAGAGUACGUUUGUUGUGA